AUGUCCGAAGCCAUACCUGGCCAACCCCUGGCCGAAGCAAGUGUUUCAGGGCCGGCUCCUGAAGGGAGGCCACGCCCUCCAAGCCCACUUGCCAAACCUGAACAAUGUGAGGAGGUUCGACAUAGCACGUGUUUGGAGUUGGUUUCAGACGGUGUCCGAGCCAUCUUGCACAACAAGAUUUCGGGUGAGAAAGUUCAUCUAAAGAGAGUGCCAGAUGGUGCCAGAAUUCGCUUCGACGAGAGGCGUCAGUUCGGGUUCAUUGUCAACGACAGCAAGUCUACCUGGUGUAGUAGACUGCUGAAGUGGCACAUUUUCAAGGACAAGGCAUCCAAUGAUCUUUUCCUGUGCCACAAGCUGCCAGGUUCCCAAGGCAUCGUCACGCGUUGGUUGGACGAGGUACAGGGCCGCCGAUGGCUGGAUCUGCAAAUGCCUGUCGGAUUACCCGACGCCUCUGCACGACAGCAGCAGGCAGUCCGGAUUCUGGAAUUCGACAGGCCAUACAAGACCUCAGGCUGCUGUUGCUUCUGGUCCCUACAAUCUAUUCUGACGUGCUUGGCCCAGCCCGACAAAGUGUCUCAGGUGACACAGUCUGCAGUGUCGACAUGGAUGAGGAAGUCCUGGAAGGCCAUCAUCUCCCAACACUUGGGGCCCAGGUCCAUCCUUGAUCAUCAUGUCUUGACAACCGACAGGUCACACGGAAUCGAUGGCCGAGAGUUGCUGGAGGUGGACGAGACUCUGGUGUCCACGCCUGCCAUGCUGCAGCUUCUGUUCCACUUCUGCAACCAGCCACCAAGCAAAUUGGCCUGCGACUGCUCCAAGACAACACGCUUCACACGAGAGGUGCUGUCUUGCUUUCAGGUGGGCGAGCUGGCCAAAGGUCAGCCCUCAAGCAGAACAGGCCUCGAGCUGGUCUGCGAUCCACAGUGGCAAGGUGCCAUGCACAGGCCUGGUGGUGGCCCGAGCCUCUUCAACCUUGCCGGUUACUUAGCUACAGACCAGGUGGAAGUGUCCGAUGGCUGGAAAAGUCUUGCUCCAGCAAUAAGGAAAGCCAUUGGCAUCAGGAGUCACACAGAUGUUUUAAGCUUAAUGUGGGGCUGUCAGAGGAAGAGCAAAGUGGCGUGGGUGUGUGACCAGUUGAGCUACGCCCUGGCCAGCUUCCUGGAAGUCGAGCGACUUCUCCUCUUUGCUGAUCCGUCAGCAGUGCAGAAAGUGGCCGACGGGCCUGAGAAGGUCAAGCCACGCCCAUCCCUUUCAGACCCCAAGGUAUUGGCGCACAAUGCCCGGGCAUCGCUGAAACCUGGUGAGAAACGAACCGCAAAGACAAACAAGGUCAAGAAGAAGAAGAAAGGAGAGAAGAAGGAGGAGGAGAAGGAGAGUCGCCUGAACCUUGUUCGGUACUUUUAUGGAUGCAGGCGUGAGAUGGCCGACUCGAAGGUGAUUUCCAUUGCUGGUGACGAAUCCCGGGUAGGCCGCAAGGAGCGGCUCUACGAGAUUCGAGACACCAAGUUUCGACCAGAUCAGCCUGGAGAAAAUGUCACGAGACAGGAUCGCGAAGAUUAUCUGGCAAAAGCAAGGGCAUUCUUGCGGCGGGAGCGAGCUCGAGAGGAUGAUGUGGCCAAGGAUGAGCCGCAAAAGAAGGUUGUCCGAAGCCGGCAGCAGAAGCCACCUGUCCGAGUGGCAGCAUACGACCUGCUUCUGGCCAAGGAUAACGCCCUGCGUUGCCUGACCGAUCGCGGCCUGGAUGCUUUCAUGCCCAAGGACAAGAAGGGCAGUCUGUCCGACAAGUAUUGCCUGGUGGAAGUGUCCGACCAGGGCCCCGUUCCAGUUGCAGUGGACAGCUUCGAAUUGGGGUACUUGAAGCUUCGGAAAUGGACUCUUGAGGACCCCUUCCACGCCAUGUGGAAAUCAGUUCUGGGCGGGGUGAAGGCGGCUGGGGCAUAUCCUGCCAUUUCCCUGACAUGCUUGUGGCUAAAUUUGAACGAUGGACCAUGGAAUUCCGAGAAGUGGUUUUGCACUGUGCAGGAAUCGUGGAAAGAGUUCAAGGCCAUGGUGCAAGUAGGCGAUCCUCUUUUGAAUGUCAUAGCCGCCCGAUGCAGCCGAUUUGGUUUGUCCGACCUCACCCUGCAGACACUGCUGUCUGACCUGAAAGAAGGCAAUUUCAGCACUCUCUGGAGGCGUGGUCUCGCAGUCCAGCCUUCUCGUUGGUUCAGCUGGCAGGACGCUUUCCUGGCCCGACUGGAGAACCCGACCGACAUGCAUUUGCAGUUUUUACUCUUGCUGUUCCACGGGGUGGAAAUGGGCUACUUGACUUGCGGGAAGACAGCCGAGAGCUGCAAGCUGAAGGACUUGUGCGGGUCCACUUCCGAGGUGACCGACUUGCCCGACGGAAACAUGCGCCAGGAGCGCUUGAGACGGUCGACUUUGCAGUCCAAGUGCAAGAAUACCUUGCACGCCGUCACCGCAACUAGGCUGCAUUGGUGA